UCUUUAAGUCAUAUUUCGAGUGGGCAUCAGAACGCGACAUUGUCCCAUCUUUGUCAGAAUUUGUUCAGUUGAAUAUUGACUUCAUAGCCAAAUCAACUCCAAAAUCGAAUGACUCUCGGGCACUGACGAGGCAUUCGUAUCAGGUUAUCGCCCUGAUUGCGGGUUACGCCCUGACUGUGGUUGUUAGGUACAUUGCGCAUACCCAACGUUGCACAUCCCUCAUCCUCAACACUGCGCAUUUCCUCACCCCCAACAUUGCCAACAUUGUGCCUCCCGCUUUGAUAAGCGUGAUUAAAGACAAAGCCGAUUGGUCUUGUGUCACUGAAAAAAGACAUAGGAUCAAAAUUUCAGAAAUUCGUCGCGAAAAAACUUACACUAUGUAUUCAAACGAGAAUAAGCGCGUCGGGAAUGAGUUAUUGGAAGAUCAGAAAGAAUCAGCACUGGACACCAAUAACUCUGCUGAUGCAAAAACCACUUGUAUUACUCAACUUACGAAACGACUUUUAGAUGUUGCAGAAGAGAGCCCUCAAAAACGGUUGGCAAAGGUUAGAACUAUGGAUUCAAACCCAUUGAGCAUUUAUGAUUCCAACGAUCCUUUCAUUGUAUCUGAAACACUUGAUGAGAAUGAACUUAUUGUAUCUGAAACAUCCGAUGAUAACAAUUCAGACGAAUCCUAUCGCCCCAGUUCGGAUGAACCAGAUGACAAUAGUUUUAUUGAAAUAAAAAGGGGAAAAAUCGAUCAUACCUAUGAUUGGUUUACGGGACCUGGCGUUAAGAAAUCUGCAUUAAAUAAGGACGCAAAAAAGUGGGUUAUCGAUAAACUUGACGUUUCGAGUUUAUUGUUAGAAUAUCGUGAUAUGUCUGUUCAAAAAGCUUCCGAGAAUAAAAUAGAAGAGGUUGAUGAAAUACUUUCCUUGAAUUAUAUAUUUUUAUUCGAACAAAAUGUUUCAAGUGGAGUAUCUUCGAUGAUUGAACCAGAAUCAUUAAACAUUAUUUUCGAUACUAUCAAAAAUGAAUUUGCUCCAUAUCAUUUAUCGCAUGAUGAUGUUUUACGGUGUCAUAAGAUGGCAAAUACUGCAAGCGAAGAUUUUGGAAAAUGCAAGCCACUGUUGAGAAAAUGGCAAAAGGAUCUUGAUGAUAAUCAAGAAGAUUUAAUUCUGGAAACGUUUGAGUCAAUAGUAAAUAAUUUUAAAUCGGAAGUGUACAGGCAAGGUUUAAAAGAAGAUUCCUUCGUUCAUGAAGUUUUUGAACCCGUGAUCAGGCCAUUUUUCCGCAACAUUAAUUUUAAAUGUGAAUGGUCAACCGAUCUCUUGGAAGCAUCUGUACACCGGAAACGUAAAUUUGACCCCAUAUUACAGGGAAGAAAAGUCGAUUUUUCAGUAUAUAUGCCUAUUAGAGGUAAUAAAUUUUAUUUGUUGACUUCGGAAAUAAAGUCUGCCGAUUUCAUUUUAUCAAGUAAAGAUAAAAUCUCUUUGGAAGACUGUGAUUUUGUGAAAUUAGGCAACGAGAUGAAGGAUAUAAUUGACAAAUGUAUUGAUGAUGGAGAGCCAUCUCCUACAAAAGAUAUUUCACCACUUAUCGAGAGCUAUUCUGAUGAGGAGAAAGGCAUUACACCUAAUCCCUUGCCUGAAAUAGAAUAUAAAGAACAU